GCUAUGGAAGAAGAGCUGAAGUGCCCCGUCUGCGGUUCUCUCUUCCGGGAGCCCAUCAUCUUGCCCUGUUCGCACAAUGUCUGCCUGCCCUGCGCCCGCACCAUCGCUGUGCAAACGCCGGAGUCCGAGCAGCAUCUGCCCGCCAUGCUGCACCCUCGGGGCCCUGCGGCAGCGGCAAUGCCAGGUGCUGGAGCUACAAGCGGCCCGGCUUCUCUGGACUACGAGUGCAGCGCCGGCGGAAGCAGUGGGACCGGUGGCGGUGGCGGAGACCACGCCGACAAGGUGAGCUUGCACAGCGAGACGGACAGCGGCUACGGCUCCUACACCCCGAGCCUGAAAUCUCCUAACGGGGUGCGAGUGUUGCCCUUGGUGCCUCCGCCUCCGGGACUGUCGGCCGCGGCGGCUUUGGCCGGGCCCCGCGGGAGCGGAACCAGCUCUUCGCUCACCUGCCCGCAAUGCCAUCGCAGCGCUUCCCUGGAUCCCCGCGGCCUGCGCGGCUUCCAGCGCAACCGCCUCUUGGAGGCCAUCGUGCACCGCUACCAGCAGAGCCGGGCCGCCGCUUCGGCUAUGGCCAAAUGCCAACUGUGCGACCGCAGCCCUCCGGAGGCGGCCGCGGUGCUGUGCGAACAGUGCGAGGUGCUCUACUGCUCGGCUUGCCAGGUCAAAUGUCACCCGUCCCGCGGGCCUUUCGCCAAGCACCGCUUGGUUCCUCCCCCCAGCCAGCAGCAGAGCGCCCCUAGCGGCGCGGGCGGGGCGUGCGGCGGAGGAAGCAAAGUCCUGGGCCUUGCCCGCAAGUCCCCAACCUGCGCGGAUCAUGAGCUGGAGAACUACAGCAUGUACUGUGUGUCCUGCCGGACCCCCGUCUGUUACCAAUGUCUGGAAGAAGGGAAACACUCCAAGCAUGAUGUGAAAGCCCUGGGAGCCAUGUGGAAACAACACAAGGCACAACUGUCCCAGGCUUUGAACGGCAUUUCAGACAAAGCAAAGGAAGCAAAAGAAUUUUUGGUGCAACUGAAAAAUAUUUUACAGCAGAUACAGGAAAAUGGCUUGGAUUAUGAAGCUUGUCUGGUUGCUCAGUGUGAUGCUUUAGUUGAUGCUUUGACUCGCCAAAAGGCCAAAUUGCUCACCAAAGUUACCAAAGAGCGUGAGCACAAGCUAAAGGUUGUAUGGGACCAGAUAAACCACUGCACUCUGAAACUGCGACAGUCAACAGGACUUAUGGAAUAUUGCCUAGAAGUAAUCAAAGAAAAUGAUCCUUCCGGUUUCUUACAGAUUUCAGAUGCUUUAAUCAAACGUGUUCAAGUAUCUCAGGAGCAGUGGGUCAAAGGAGCGCUGGAACCAAAAGUAUCUGCUGAAUUCGAUCUAACAUUGGAUAGUGAACCGUUACUGCAGUCAAUCCAUCAGCUGGACUUCAUUCAGAUGAAAUGUAGGGUUCCUCUUUCAGUACCCCCAGUGCCACUCCUGCAGUUGGAGAAAUGCUGUACUCGAAACAACAGUGUGACACUUGCCUGGCGGAUGCCACCCUUUAGCCACAACCCAGUGGAGGGAUACAUCUUGGAGCUUGAUGAUGGAGAUGGUGGCCAGUUUCGAGAAGUAUAUGUGGGCAAGGAAACCUUGUGUACAAUUGAUGGUCUUCAUUUCAAUAGUACCUACAAUGCAAGAGUGAAAGCCUUUAAUUCAUCCGGAGUAGGCCCUUAUAGCAAGACGGUUGUUUUACAAACUUCUGAUGUGGCUUGGUUUACAUUUGAUCCCUGUUCAGCCCAUAGAGACAUAGUCCUUUCAAAUGACAACCAGACUGCUACCUGCAGUAGCUAUGAUGAUCGUGUGGUUCUGGGCACUGCAGCUUUCUCAAAGGGAGUCCACUAUUGGGAGCUGCACGUGGACCGUUAUGAUAACCAUCCAGAUCCAGCCUUUGGGGUUGCUAGAAUCAAUGUGGUCAAGGAUAUGAUGCUGGGGAAGGAUGACAAAGCCUGGGCGAUGUAUGUUGACAACAAUCGCAGUUGGUUCAUGCAUUGCAACUCCCACACUAAUCGGACAGAAGGAGGUGUUUCAAAAGGUGCAACUGUAGGUGUUCUUCUGGACCUCAACAAGCACUCCUUAACCUUUUACAUAAAUGGGCAGCAGCAGGGCCCUCCGGCAUUUGAGAACGUGGAGGGUGUUUUCAUGCCUGCAUUAAGUCUCAACCGAAAUGUUCAGGUGACUCUACACACAGGUCUGGAAGUACCUCAGACAGUAAGACCACCAAAGCUGCCAAGCAACUGA